GAUUACAUUACUGUGACGUGAGGAAAUAAAACAUCUCACCAGCUAGCUACAAACAAUGCUAGCUGCAAAUUGACGUUUAGUUUCUGAUAUGAUUAUUUGUUUUAAUAGACUGGUAGAUAACUGUAGAUAAUCAUAAUAUUUAAAACGCAAAUACUGUUACAUUGAAAAGGGGCCAAAAGCGUCGGGGGACAAUGUCGGGUUCCGUGGUCGAGUUCCAGGCGCAGAUAGCCUCAAUCAUGGAGGUGCUAGCCAACGCGGCUGUAACCGAAAUCUGCAAAGUUGUUGACGAUGGCUAUGCGGUUGUACACCUGAAGAUGACCCAAAGCCACAAGGAGAACGAAUUUCUCCGGAGGAAAAUGAAACUGAUGGAACUUCAGAUCGCGAGGUUUCGAUCUGAGAGAACAAAGUUUUCAGAUGGGUCCGUCCACAAUCGCUUCCAUGGAAUACGCCUGCUAAACAGACACAACCAUCGAGAGACGGCAACGACAGGACCUACUUGGCAAAGCAGAAACAGACUUUCCAACAGGAGUUUUGGGAACAGCAGCAUACCAAGAGACAGACAGCCCAUAGACGUGGACCAAGAGGAUGUCUCUCCAUCAAAGCAUAUGGAUGCUACAAGUGAUGAGCAGUCAGCAGAGACAGAGGAAGGGGAACCAGACCUGCUCAUCAUCAAGGAUGAGGGGGAAGCAGAUGACCAGGACUCUAGGAUCAGCCACCCAGCCAGAACAGUGGAGGGCAGCAGAGAGCUAACCACCCAAACGGCUAUAGACCCUGUCUUCCAGCCCAGAGGCAACAACAUCAACACAGCUAUGGAGGUCAGUGGAUCUGAUGCCGUUCUCCUCCAGUCAGAAACAGGGAAUGUGAACCAGGGAUCACAGCAGCACACAGGAUUUGAACCCAGAGCAGAGAGACAGAGUCUGGACACAAAGUGUGAUAUGAACGGGGACCUCAAUCUCCUAAGAGAUUCUUUAAACCAGGUGUGGAGAGAGGUAGUAGCGACUGAUGAUGGCGCCUCUGCUGCUCACACUAAAGUAAUGGACCUAGGGAGUGGCCCAGUGGGCCCAGAAACACAGACUAGCUCAGACAUAGAAAUGAGAAGUGUAGGGUUAGAAAACCACAGGUUUUCCCCCAAGUCGUUCCAUUCCUCAUCAGAACAUGUGAUAGUGAUUGACUCUGUAUCCAGUGGGCAGCAGGUAGACAGAGAUUUUGAGUGGGGUCAGGUGGGUACAGUUAAUACACCACAGGUCAAUGGGACUGGAAAUAAGCAGGGAGUGUUUAACAGAACCGCACCAACGAUUCACCCUGUACACCACGAAUCGAUGAGAGGCAACAUGCAAUUGGUUUCACCCGGAUUCCGUCCCACAGAGAUAAAUACAAGCACCCGUCUUGACGCAGGAAAUACAGGUGAGGCCAACAAAGCUAGUUUGCGCUCUUUGGCAAGCCUCCAUAGACACUCUGAAAUACCAGGAAGAAGAGCUCAACAACCAGCUCAUACCUCACUUCCUGUCGGCCAUUUUAGACCAAGCGCCACAACUUCCUCUUACUCAAGUAAUCUUGCUACUCACAUUAGACCUGGCACCAUAGAACGACGGUACGGUUGCCCGAGCUGCCAUAAGAAGUUUGUUCACGAGAGCGACUUGCGGCAGCACGUCGUCGUCCACACCAGAAAGCGGGUGUUCGCCUGCACCUUGUGUGAGAAGAGCUUUGUGUCCCCCAGCAAGCUCCAAGUGCACCAGAACGUCCACACUGGGGAGAAGCCCUUCAGUUGUGCACAGUGCGGGCGCAGGUUCUCCCAAUCCAGCAAUCUGAAUAGACAUCAGAAGCUUCAUCAUUGAAAACUGACACAGAAGCAGGAGAUUCCUAUUGUUGGGUUCUGAGAAUAUGAAAUAUACUUAUUCAUGUCACUGAGGGAGAGAGGGUAAUGUAUAACGUUUACAUUGUGUCAGGAUAUGCUAUUGUUAGCCAUCAGGGAUCCUAUGGGAGGGAUCCUCUGGGAGGAGAAGAGACACAGUCUGGUACCAGGCACCAUGACAGCCGUGAGUUGGGCAGGGAAGCGAUCACAUGUGGCAGGCAUUGAUAAGGGGAGAGAGCUUUGGAUUAGGCAUCAAGGGGGUUGAGGUCAGGUCAGAUCUCCUUAAGGGAGAAACAAUAGUUAAUUACCCCAUCACUUCGUCUUCCUGUCGAACCAUAACAGAUGGAAGGAUUGGAGAGAAGGAGGAGUGCAUCUAAAUUGGAGUAUAUAUACUUGUGUUGGUGGAAACAUGUUUUGUCUAAUGCAGCUGUAUUGAUCCUCUAGGAGAAUAAACUUGGUUAAGCUUUCAUAGUGUCUGUUGAGUUGUUUACUCUGAGAAUUAGAACCUAACACUAUUGAAAAACAACUGUUAUAGCAAUAUCAUGAAUUCAAACGUCAUUGGUUCUAACGUAGUCAUAUGUCUGAAGGAUGUUUACCCUGGUCUCAUACGUCUACAAUACAACGUGGUUCAUAUUUACAUUAUCUACAAAGACUGUUGCGUUUUCUUGGCUUCUUUAAGGCCAACAGCAUCACUCACAUUGACUGUUAAGGUUGAUCAUGGUUGUGUUCUACUAAUAAUACUGUGUGCCUCACACUAAAGUUAUAGCAGAUGCUGAAAUUGUACUGUGACACUGAAAAACUGUCUGUUCUUUUGUACCAAUUUGACCAAUGGCUGUUGCUGUUUGUUCAUUAAAUCCUAUAAUUCCCUCAAUAAAUAAUAUUUUUCAAAUAA